AACACCAAAAAGCGAAGUAAAUAUUCAACAAUAACAUUGAACACGUGAUUUACGUGUGUAUUUGAUAGCGCCUGUCAAUUGUAAGGAAAAAAGUGAAAAUGUCACACUGUAAUUUUUUUCUGAAACGAAAGCAUCGUUUUUGUAAAAUGACUGUUAAAGCUGGAAAUCAAUUUUGUGGAGAACACAUGGAUUCUGACGUAAAUAAUGAUGCUGAAAGAGUUAUUUGUCCUUUAGACAGCAAACACACUUGUUACAAAAAACACUUGGCAAGUCACUUGAAAAAAUGCAAUGCUAGAGCAGUGGAGCCUCCUCCUUACAUUGUUCAUGGUGUGAACAGCGUCUGUGCUAAUGCUGAGGGUCUGGCUGCCGAGAAGAAAACACAAACACUGGCAGAAGUCAGUGAUGAUGAUUUGCUAUUACUGAUAGAGAAAAUUAAAACUGUAGCGAGUGCAAUACCAAGCGUUCACAAGGCUGUAAUGUCUCAUCCAGCAUUAGCUGAGAAACUAAGAAUGGAAGAGUUUGGACCGUCCACCCGAAAACAUCUAAUACAAAACUCUUCGUUGAUUGGCCAUAUGGACAAGUUGGGUUUACUGAGAGACAGAACAUGUUUUGUUGAGUUUGGAGCUGGGAGAGGUCAGCUGAGCUACUGGUUGAGUAAAGCAUUGUGCAAUACUACGGAUUGUAUGAUUCUUUUGGUUGACUAUGCAAGCCAUCGUCAUAAGUUUGAAAACAAGCUGAAAGAUGAAGGCUACCCUGUGAUUCGUCGUGUGCGAGCUGAUAUUGCAGAUUUGUGCAUCAGCAGUAUGGACAUUGGCAACUCCGAACACAUUGUAGGUGUGGCAAAACACUUGUGUGGUGCAGCUGGAGAUAUGGCACUGAAUUGUUUGAUAUCGAGUGCUGAUAAAGAAAAGCUGACCGGAAUCGUGAUGUCUUUCUGUUGUCAUCACCGUUGCAACUGGCCAUCGUAUACUGGCAAAAAUUUCGUUUUGGCCCAAGGCUUCAGUGCUGAGGAGUUUUCCCUGCUGUGCGGCGUGGCGAGCUGGGCCACCUGUGGCCUCGGGAGGAAGGUUUCUGCACAGUUCCCAGCCACAUCUGGAGGACGGUAUGCACGUAUGGAGCUCAGUCAGAAAGAUAGAGAAGAAAUUGGUCAACUGUGUAAACUGAUUUUCGACUAUGGGAGGCUGCAGUAUUUGAAAGAAAAUGGUUUUUCUGUAAAUUUGGUGUCUUAUAUUGAAAGAGAUACUUCACCAGAGUGUUUGUGUACCCUAGCUACAAAAACUGUUGAAUUAAGUGUAACUCAGCAGAGUUGACUUGUGUUAAGUAGAUUGUUUUUCUUUGUUUGUGUUUUUAUACUUGCUGUUCUAGGCAACUUUGACAGCGUGUGCUUGCUUUUAAAGUAAAAAUAAUUAAACUUUGAAAAAAAAAUAUUUAUGUGCAUGCACUAUUAAAAAAAAUUGAUAUUGUUUCAUGUCUUAACAAAUUGUGUUGAGCAAUUAGAUGCCUCCCAUCAAGGCAGUCCAAAUUAAACUUCUGGCAGGAUCGAUCUGGAUUGUUUCUCAAAUGAUAAAACUUGGUGGAUAUUGCUCUGAGAUAAUGUAUUCCACCCACCAAUUCAUGUAAUUGUUUCUUCAGCUCAUCAUGUCACCCCACACCACACAUCCGUCCUGCAUUCACUCACACCAAAAAAUAACUGUCCAAAUAAUGUCAUUAACAAAUUACUGUUUAUUUGUAUAUGUAGAGACCGGAAAAAUUCGCGAUUUCAAUGACCUGUCGGAUAUACUCCAUGAUCCUCUAUGCACUCGGGAAAAUUACAUCUGCUCAUUGGCUACUGACUCGUGUCGCCUGUUAACUGGGACGCUAGUGAUUCGAUACUUCUUUUGUUUAAGGUUUUUCAUUGGCCGAGUAUCAUUCAGAUAAACUGUGGCCCAAUCACUGAUGCAGUAAAAAGGCAAACGUUUUUGGAUUCUAGACUAUCACGAAAUGAAUCCGCGAUAUUUUCAGGUCUCUAUGUAUAUGUGAUGGCUUAAAUUAUAUUGUGGUGAAAUAUACUUAUAUUUUAAGACUAUUCUCAUGCUGAAUAUAAUUAUUCAGUUCAGUUUUUAAGAACUUACACCUUCUUAAUGAAAUGCACAGAGAAAUGUGACACAGUGUUAAGGCACUUAUCUUGCAGUCCGAAGGUUCAAUUUUGGUUUUCCAGGUUUCCAAAAAUCACUCCACUCUUGAUAACAGGCUGUGGCCUUUUCCUUUGCUUACAUCUUGACUGUGUGUUGUAUGUUUCCAUCUCUAAUUACCCCUCUGCCUCUGUUGAGACAUUUCACCUAGAUUUAUUCCUUGCACUAAAUUAUAUAAAAGUUUCUAACAGCUUGGAUUUUUUUAAGUCACUCAUCUUGGAUUCUUUCAAAAGAACUCCCUCCAAUGUGUUUGUACAUCUGUCUAGUGGAGAUAUAGGCUCUAUUUGAUGAAUCACAAAAAUGUGUAUGUGUAAUUGAACCAUUAAUUGCUCCAAUGUUUAAAUGUUACAUUGUGUGCCGUGAGCCUACACAAAAUGACAAAGGUAAAUAAUUAAGGUAAAGUAGGCAAAACAGUUCCUGUACAGGCACUAUUGAUGGACACAUAUUUUGCAUGAAAUCAAUUGCUAUUAAGGUAUUAUUGUAUGUGUUCCUAAGCAUCUUAAUUUUGUUUACAUUCUUAAGACUGCUCUAAGACAAGGUUAAAUUAUUUGAUUUUUAUGUCAAUUAAGUUAUUGAAACACGUGAUUCUAGUGUUAUUGUUUUUAUUUAUAAAAAAUUCUAUGUAUUCAAUAAGAUAGUGUAUUUUUGAACAGAUAUGACAUUAAAAUGUUUCUUAGUACAUAGUUCUUUAUAGUACAAAUAUAUUUUUUACAGUAAAUUAAUUUGUUGUAAGCUCAUGAUAGGCAGAAUUACUGUGAACAGUAAAAAUAAUUCUGCAAGCAUUUGCAUGUUGGAAAAAUGUACAAAUGUUAGUAAUGUAAAAAUGAGUUGUAAGAGAUAUAAGAAAAAACAAAGCAAAAUAAAUUUUUAUCCUAUCCAUUUGUCCAUACAUUUUGGUACAAACUUUAAACUGUAUAAAUGACUUUUAUUGCUUUUCAUAUAUUAAAAGAUAAUGUUUUUACAGUUUGAGUUAAGUUUCGUUAAAGUACUUAUUAAUGAUUCUAGUUGCAUUUAAGUGCUUUAUGGGGUUUUAUUUUGCAUUCCAUUGUUAUAGCUUGUUUUGACACUUUUUGGUGUUAUUUCAGUUUUAUUGGAACUCAACAUAAAAUCUUGUCAAUACAUAUCACUGAACAUUUCAAAGUUGUUAUAACUUUAGUUGUGUUUUCAAAUAUAGACCAAUACUUGACUAAGGAAUCUUUUGCAUAACAGUGGGAUUCUUUCAGUAUCUUUUAGAGGGAGUUCCAGCAUUUUCCUGCAUGUUCCUGCAUUUUAAAUAGGUAAAUAAAGUCGAGGGGAAAGGCUGUAAUCUAUACUGCUUUUGUUUAUUCAUAUGAAUAGCUAAACUGACUCAGGCCAAGUUGGGUUUUUAAAGUGACAUUUAAAACUAAUUGAGAUUACCCAUACUUGUCUAAUAAUUGUCUCUUGUGAAUUUCAGCUACAUAACCUGAACAUUUCUGAAUUGUAAUAAUUAUUUUCUUAUAAUUAAGGUGUAAAUGUGUGAAAAUACUCAUCCAAAUGCUAGUUAUAACAGGUGGAAGAUAGGCUGAGUUUAAGUGGAAUUAUGUGUAGUUGUUGACAGAAAUGAUUGUCAGAAGUAAAUUCUAUAAUGUCCAGAUAAGAUGGACUGUAGGUACUGUAGAAGCAGUUGAUUCAGUAGAACCUACAGUGCUACGUCCAAUGGAAGCUCGUAGUGUUUCAGGAGCACUUUGCCUGCUGAAUGCACCAUUAAGGGGAUUACACACUGCUAUCUGGCUCGACAAGACAAAUGACCUAGCUUUGGACAUCUGUUGCAUAGUUUUGCUGUUAUGUCAACUACACUAACAGAUGCUCAUAUGUAACAAUCUAUGGUUUCCUCCUGACAGUUAUAUGCUGGAGACUUUGUUAUGCCGUCACCUGCGGUCUUGGGUUCGAAACCCGGGGUGGGCCUAUGACUUGCUAAGUGAAUUAAGGUGUUGAUUGUCCAAGAGGGAGCUAGGCUAGCUCGUGCGUCUACUGAAGUUAUGCUGCUUGUGGCUCGUCAUUCCUUGCGUUCACUUGGCUCGUAGGUUGUAGAUUACUGAAUAGAAAUAACUAGUUGCUUCACAAGUGAACAGUCCCUCUCCAGCAUAGUACGCUGAUUGUGAUUCCUGACGAAAGGUGAAUAAUUUUACUUGAAAUCUUACAGAUUAAACACAUUACAAUUCCCUCAUAUUAAUUACUGUAUCACAAAGAAGCAGCUAAAGCCCCAAAAAUGCUUUAAUUACAGUUAAACUUCGUCUAUCUAACUGGGACCAAAGGCAAUCUGGACGAUCAAAAUUCAGGAAAAUCCAAGUAAUAACGGUAAUAAGCAACAAUAAAUUCUUUAAAUAAGCAGACUUAU